UUAGUACUGAGACCAAAAAAAUGCCAAAUUUAAUUGGUUGCUUGCUUAGUUUGUUCUUGAUAGUACUGAGACAAAAAUGAACAAAAGUACCUAUUAAAAUAGGAAGAAAACUGUGUGGUGCUAUCACAUGUAAUAGAAAUCCUAAUUUAAAUAUGUAAUCUUUUAGUUAUCAAACAAUAUGUAAUCUUUUAAAAGUUGUCCAACUCUAUAUAUAGGAAGCAGUAGGUGUACAUGUUAAUAAGCUGCAUCUUUUGAUUGGAGGCGUCUAUCUAUCCAACAAUGGCUUCUGCACAUGCUGUUCAGCUUGGAAAAAUCAUGUGGAUGUGUGGAGAAUUCAGUUGGGGCUCAUUGUGCAUCCACAGAGCAAUAGUAGACACCUCGAAUCUCUCGUUAGUUUGUCUUUUCCUUCUGGUCUUACUUGUGAAAAAAAUCAGACUUGUUAGUGGUUACAGGAGGAAUUGGAUGGCUAUAGGAAUUUCUGUUUGUUGUGCUCUUGUAAGCAUUGUGUAUUUUGGUCUCGGUUUAUGGAAAUUUAUUAAUAGUAAAGAUGGCGGUGUUAGUCAUCUAAGUUGGUUACAGUGCUCUGUUUGCGGGUUAAUUUGGAUCACUUUAACUGUAUCAUUGCUUAUUCAAGUAUCCAAAUGGAUCCAAAUCCUGAUUUGUUCUUGGUGGGUCAUUUUCUUUUUAUUGAGUUCCACUCUCAAUAUUGAAGUUUCCAUGAAAACACACAGCAUCCCUUUACUGGACCUGGUGACAUGGCUAGUCACUUUCUUGAUUUUCUUUUAUGCCUUAAGUAUCUUUCAUCACAUCAUUUCUCAAUCCUCUUCCAACCAGAGUUUGUUGGAACCUCUACUAGCUGAUCGACGCGAUGACAAACAAAUUAGUAUAGGACAAGCCAGUCUUUUUGGCAAAUUGUCAUUUUCUUGGAUUAAUGGUUUGCUUGGCCUAGGAAACUCAAAAACAUUAGCUCUUGAAGACAUUCCUUGUCUAGGAUCUGAAGAUGAAGCAGUCUUAGCCUACGAACAACUGUCCCCUGAAUGGAAAUCUCUCCAAAGAGAGGACCAUCGUAACAAUUCAGAGGGCUUACUCAUUAAGGCCAUUGCAAGAGUUUACUGGAAACAAAUGGUUCUUGCAGGAGCAUUAGUAUUUCUCAGGAUUAUGGCUGUUGUAAUUUCUCCAUUAAUGCUAUAUGCAUUCGUGGCUUAUUCAAGUAGCGAGACAAGAACCUUUGUUGAAGGUGUUCUCUUAAUGGGAUGUUUGGUUGUUGACAAGCUUGUUGAUUCUAUUUCUUCUCGACACUUCUAUUUCUACUCGAGAAGGGUUGGUAUGAGAAUAAGAUCGGCUCUAAUGGUGGCAGUUUAUCAAAAACAGCUCAAGCUAUCAAGUCUAGGAAGGCGUAGGCACUCAACUGGAGAGAUAGUGAACUACAUUGCUGUGGAUGCUUAUCGGAUGGGAGAGUCUCUGAUGUGGUUUCACACAGGAUGGAGCUCUGGCCUGCAAAUAUGUUUAGCUGUUGGUGUACUUUUUGGAGUUGUAGGGCUGGGGGCAAUUCCAGGGUUAGUACCCCUAAUUAUCUGUGGGUUGCUGAAUGUGCCAUUUGCAAAGAUACUUCAGAAAUGUCAGACUGAAUUUAUGAUUGCCCAAGAUAAACGACUCAGGUUCAUGUCUGAGAUUCUCAAUAGUAUGAAGAUAAUCAAGUUACAGUCCUGGGAAGAAAACUUCAAGAACUCAAUUGACUCACAUAGGGAGGAUGAAUUCAAGUGGUUGGCUGAAACUCAGUUUAAGAAAGUUUAUAGCACUUUAUUGUAUUGGAUGUCCCCAACAGUCGUCUCAUGUGGAAUCUUCUUAGGACUUGUCUUUUUCAGAAGUGCCCCAUUUAACGCUGCUACGAUUUUCACUGUGUUGGCAGCGUUAAGGUCCAUGUCAGAACCUGUUAGAAUGCUACCAGAAGCGCUGUCAGCCGUGAUUCAAGUCAAAGUUUCUUUUGAUAGGAUAAACAGUUUCCUACUUGAAGAUGAAAUCAAACCAGAUGUAGUGACAUUCCCUCUGGGGGACUCAGAUCAUAGUGUUUGUAUAGUAGGUGGUCAUUUCACCUGGGAUCCCCAGUCACCUAAUGCAUUGCUUAGUAAUUUAAAUUUUCAAGCAAGAAGAGGACAAAAGAUUGCAGUUUGUGGGCCAGUUGGGGCUGGGAAAUCAUCUUUUCUAUAUGCCAUACUUGGAGAAAUACCAAAAACUGCAGGAACAGUACAUGUAUAUGGAUCCAUCGCUUAUGUCGCUCAAACGGCUUGGAUCCAGAGUGGAACAGUCCGUGAUAAUAUACUGUUUGGGAGGUCAAUGGACGAAAACAAGUAUCAUGAAGCAGUAAAGGUAUCUGCUCUAGACAAAGAUAUUGAUAGUUUUGACUAUGGUGACCUCACAGAGAUAGGUCAGCGAGGGCUGAAUAUGAGUGGGGGACAGAAGCAGAGGAUUCAACUUGCUCGAGCUGUAUAUAGUGAUGCUGAUAUCUAUGUUCUUGAUGAUCCUUUUAGCGCCGUAGAUGCACACACAGCAGCAACUCUUUUUAAUGAUUGUGUUAUGACUGCUCUGAAGAAUAAAACAGUUAUUCUUGUUACUCAUCAAGUGGAGUUCCUCUCUGAGGUUGACCAAAUUCUGGUAAUGCAAGGUGGACAAAUUACCCAAUCAGGAAGUUAUAAUGAGCUAUUGAUUACUGGGAUGGCCUUUGAACAACUUGUGAAUGCUCAUAGAGAUGCUGUAGCUGGACUUGAUCCUCUGACCUAUAAAGUUGAACAUGAACCUUAUUCAGGACAGGGGAAUGAGCUAGAAGAGACUGACAAGCCUUAUAUUGUACGAGAAGACAGCCAAAAAGAAGUUACAUCAAAGCCAGGAAUACAAUUGACACAAGAGGAAGAAAAAGAAACUGAAAGUGCUGUAUGGAAGAUCUUCCUAGACUAUGUUGUAAUUUCUGAAGGACCACUCUUCCUUUGUUGCAACAUACUUGCUCAGGCUGCCUUUGUUGCUUUACAGGCUGCUGCAAGUUAUUGGCUGGCAGUUGCAAUUAAAAGUUCAAAAAUUAGCCAUAUCAUGGUUAUUGGUAUUUAUACUUCAGUGUCAUUACUUAGCACACUUUUUGUGUACCUCAGAUCUAUAUUUGCAGCUCUCCUGGGAUUAAAAGCAUCUAAAGCCUUCUUUUCUGGUUUCACAAAUUCUAUUUUCAAUGCACCCAUGCAGUUCUUCGACUCUACCCCAGUUGGACGGAUUUUGACCCGGGCUUCAUCAGAUUUGAGUGUAUUAGAUUACGACAUCCCAUUCUCUUAUGCAUUUGUGAUGGCUGCUGGAAUGGAAUUGCUUGCAACAAUUGGAAUUAUGGCCUCAGUGACAUGGCAGGUUCUCCUUGUGGGCAUCAUUGCUACAGUAGGCUCAAAAUUUGUUCAGGAACAUUAUCAACCCUCUGCCCAGGAGCUAAUGAGAAUCAAUGGGACAACAAAGGCUCCUGUUAUGAAUUAUGCUACUGAGACAUCACUUGGAGUUGCCACAAUAAGAGCAUUUGGCGUGGUAGACAGGUUCUUUAAAAACUACCUUACACUAGUCGAUGCAGAUGCAAAAGUCUUUCUUUUCUCCAAUGGAGCAAUGGAGUGGUUAGUUUUGAGAACCGAAGCACUUCAAAACAUCACUCUAUUCAUUGCUGCUUUUCUCCUAGUUUCAAUCCCAAAGGGCCAUAUCUCUACAGGGCUUGUCGGACUCUCUCUUUCUUAUGCAUUGGCACUUACCAGUACUCAAGUUUUCUUAAGCCGAUGGUAUAGCAACUUAGCUAACUAUGUUAUUUCAGCUGAAAGGAUCAAACAGUUCAUGCAUAUACCUCCUGAGCCUCCAGCAAUUGUGGAAGAUAAUAGGCCACCAUCGACAUGGCCUACCAAGGGUAGAAUAGAUUUCUUGGAUCUUAAGAUUAAAUAUCGUCCAAAUGCUCCAUUAGUUCUCAAAGGGAUAACUUGCUCCGUCCUCGAGGGGACUAGAGUAGGAGUUGUGGGAAGGACAGGAAGUGGCAAAACGACACUUAUAAGCACCCUGUUUCGCCUGGUGGAACCUUACAGUGGGCAAGUUAUCAUAGAUGACAUUAACAUUUGUUCUAUAGGACUCAAAGAUUUAAGGUCAAAACUCAGCAUCAUCCCUCAGGAACCAACACUUUUCAAGGGGAGUGUUCGAACAAAUUUGGAUCCUUUAGGUCUCUAUUCUGAUGACGAGAUAUGGAAGGCUCUAGAAAAAUGCCAACUUAAGGAUACAAUUAGUAUACUGCCAAACCUGCUAGACUCCUCAGUCAGUGAUGAAGGCGAAAACUGGAGUAUGGGGCAACGGCAACUCUUCUGUUUAGGCAGGGUCCUCCUGAGAAGGAACAGAAUCCUAGUAUUGGAUGAAGCAACUGCCUCUAUCGACUCGGCCACUGAUGCCAUUCUGCAGAGAAUUAUAAGAGAAGAAUUCUUCAACUGUACAGUAAUAACUGUUGCCCACAGAGUUCCUACUGUCAUAGACAGUGACAUGGUCAUGGUCCUUUCUUUUGGCGAGCUUGUGGAGUAUGAUCAGCCCUCAAGACUCAUGCAAACCAAUUCUUCUUUUGCUAAACUUGUGGCAGAAUAUUGGUCCAGCAGUAGAAGGAGUUCUCUUCAGAGUUCUCUUCAGAAACUGGAUACCUACCAUUAGCUACUUUUUUUGGGUAUGGUUUUUCAUCCAGUGUCGAUACCCGCAUUAGGGUCCGACUAAAUAUGGAUUAAAGUUCGACAUGGGGGCUAAGCAUUCCCUAAUAAAGGCGAGUCUGUACCUAGUAAGGUUCAAACCCGAGAUCUUUGAUUAAGGAUAAAUAGUACUUACCACUUCACAACAAUCCUGGUUAAUGCUGGCAUUAGCUAGUUGAGAAUGUUUGUGUUUCUCUUUGAGUUUAUUGGCAAGAUUGGACAUGCCUGCAGUUUAUCUGGUCUCCUUGGAGUUGAUGUGAUGAAAAUGUUUUGGAUACAGUGA